UCUUGUAUGUAUCUACUGAAACGUGAGCGCAAGUUUUGAAGAAGGAGGAAUUUCAGUUUGGAAGAAAAGGUUCAGCAGUAUAGUCUCAUUGAUGCAUAUUUUAUAUGAUAGUCAGGUCUAAAGAUUUAUUCUCGAAAGCUUUUGUCGGGAGAUUUUCUCAAUCAAGAAUAUAUACAGAUAGCGGAUCGUGGCUUUGUAUAAGGACAUCACAACUAAACGAUGUCGACAGUUACAAAAGAGUGCGUCAGUAAGCCAGAAGAUAAACUUUUCAACGCGGUUAGAAUGAAUAAAUUUCGUCUGGUUCGAUUACUGAUCGAAGGGGGCGUUCAUGUGGAUAGCCGUAACAGUCAUGAACAAACUCCUUUGUUGAUCUUAUCCUCGUCUUUGAGAAACGCAUCCCAUAGUCGUAGCGAAACUUAUAGAAAGGUUUUUAAGUAUCUUAUUACUGCUGGAGCUGAUGUAAAUGCUGCUGACGCAAGUGGAAGAACACCAUUGAUAUAUUCUGUGAUAACGCGGCUAUCAAUCUUCUAUGAUCUUCUCAACGCAGGCGCUGAUCCCUGGUCGCAGGACCGCAGUGGUAAAUGUGCUUUUGACUAUGCAAUUCAGCAAAAAGAUCUGCAUGCUGUUGAAAAAAUGGUUGAAUCAUGUAAGAAAGCAAGAUCGUAUGUCGUGGGAGACACGCGUGGAACAAGAGGGCUCGAUAAAGCAGAAGGUCAAGGUGACAGACGAGAGAAGACUAAGAACAAGCAGACGAAGAGAUCAAAAUCGCCGAUCAAAAGUCGAAAGGAAUUUUCAAAGUCGAGACAAAUGUACAGCGCACCAAAUUUAAGAGUUCUCCACAAGAGAGAUCAAGAUUCUUCCUUUGCUCAUCCUAAACCUUCCAGUUUACCACACGAUGCACCAAAGCAUACCUUGAGUAUUGAUAUGAAUAGUAACGUAGAGUCGCCCAAACUGACCGCAAAUCCUACUCCAUCCAGCGACCUCGCUGAUUUGCAAGAAAACAUUCAUCUCUGUGAUUUAUGCAAGACAGUUUUCAAGGUUGAGAGCGUGAGAAAGGAAUUAAAAUCGGAGAUGAAAGUUAACGAGGAAAAUCUGAAAUUGUUAGAAUAUGAUUUUUCUGGUCUUUUGUUUCGUCGUCGCAGUACGGGAAGUUUGCUUGGAUCGACAAAGAGAAGAAACGGAUCCUUUCGCAGAGAACAACACCUUGCAUUAACAAUGGAUGAUAUGUUUUCAAAUUCAUCAUUCGACCAUUCUGACAAAUCGAAUGACGAAAUGUUUGACGACUCCGAGACAAACCAGAAUAUGGAAGCUUCGAAUGAAUUGUUGGUCCCCGAUCGUUUGCGAUCAAUGAGUCUACCUCCAGCUCAUUCGUUUAUCAUCUCGAAUGUUACCGACGGUAAAACAGAAAGUCCUUCUCGUUCACCCAGUUCUUCAAGAAAGGCGAUUAGUAUUGCCUUGGCAUGGCCAUCCUCCACCGCGAGUGGAAGUCACGAGUCAUGUGACAAUUCCGGAAAGACGAGAAUUUCGAUGAUGCCAUCAUUGUGCCUGCAGUAUUUCGAAGCAUUACGUCAUCAUCAGUAG